AUGGUGGAAACCUAUGGACAUCAUCAUGCGGCUGGCUAUCACCAUGAAGACGAUAAAAAAACCGGCUGGUGGGAUGCAUGUAUUGGGCCUGGUAAAGCCAUUGAUACCUCGAAGUUUUUCGUGGUCGCACUCAACAAUAUUGGAGGUUGUAGUGGCUCAACGGGACCCACUUCACCUAACCCUGAAAAUGAAAAUCGCCCAUACGGUCCCGACUUUCCAUUAGUGACUGUACGUGAUUGGGUUAAAACUCAAGCCCUCCUCUCUGACCGCUUAGGGAUAGAUGUUUGGUAUUCAAUCAUUGGUGGUUCUUUAGGUGGCAUGCAGGCUUUACAAUGGUCUGUGGACUAUCCUGACCGUUUACAAAAAUGUGUCAUCAUUGCCAGCGCACCAAAGCUUUCCGCACAAAAUAUUGCAUUUAACGAAGUGGCACGUCAGUCCAUUUUGUCUGAUCCAGAUUUUCACAAUGGCCGCUAUUUAGAACUCGAUAGUUAUCCAAAACGUGGCUUAAUUUUGGCACGUAUGGUGGGUCAUAUUACCUACCUUUCUGAAGAAGCCAUGAAACAAAAAUUUGGCCGUGAUUUAAAAUCAGGCAAGUUUAUGUAUGGUUUCGAUGUUGAGUUCCAAGUUGAAAGCUAUCUGCGUUAUCAAGGUGAACAAUUCAGUCGUAACUUUGAUGCCAAUACUUAUCUGAUCAUGACCAAAGCUUUGGAUUAUUUCGAUCCAUCACGUGAAUAUGAACAGUCACUGACUAAAGCAUUAUCUAAUACCAAAUGCCGCUUUCUAGUGGUGUCAUUUACAACAGACUGGCGUUUUAGCCCAGAACGUUCGCAAGAGAUUGUCAACGCCUUGAUUACCAAUCAAAAACCUGUGAGUUAUUUGGAUAUUGAUGCUGAGCAGGGCCAUGACUCAUUCCUAUUCCCUAUCCCCUUGUACGUCAAAUCCUUACGUGCAUUUUUAGGUGGUAUUGAACACCUUCAUUCAACACCUAAGGAGGCUUUGUAA